AUGCUUUUUUGUACCCUUACUGUUCUAGCUGCUGAGGAGACCAGAGAUGACUACCGGCUGACAGAGAAGCACCUGUAUCAGAUAAAAGAGGACAUCAGAAAACUGGAGGAGGAGCUUUCAAUGGAUUUCGGGCCACACCACGAGUUUGUCUUCAUGCACAGAGAGUGUUACGAGAUCACCAAUGAAUACGUUUAUAAAAUCUGCCCGUUUCACAAAGUGACUCAGAAAUCCAAACAAGGAGGGAUGGAAACACUCCUGGGCGUGUGGGGUUCCUGGGCUGGCUCUGAAGAGAACAAGUACAGCAUGAUGAAAUUUGAGGAUGGCGCCCCCUGUUGGCAAGGACCUUACCGCUCAGUACAGGUAAAGCUGUUGUGUGGGGAGCAGACGGCAGUCAUGUCCAGUGCAGAGCCCAGCCACUGUGAGUAUCUGUUUGAGCUGCAGACACCUGCGGCAUGCAACCAGCCUGCGCCAGCCCUGAAACAUGAGGAGCUCUAGCGGGGUGAGAGAACCAGGGAUUCACUCUGAGUGAGAGGGGCCUGCUGACCAGCUAGCAAGCCUCAUGUCCAGAACGGGGUGGGGUGAUAAGAUGUGCUGUAUGUGUCCGUCGCAGAAUAUUUAUGGUACUGUAGAGCUAUACAGGGGUUGGAAGCUUUGAAACACUUGUGAUAUGUGGCAUACACUUUUGUAAGUGAGCUGUCCCUUACAUGCCUUCUUUGUUUUGUGAAUAGGAUCUUUCACAUGAGUUUUGUAUUUCAGAGAAGCUGCCUCCCUGCUGCAAUAUAACAAGAAGCAGUGAAAUUGUGUUUGUCGUUGCCGCUGUCUGUGGCUGUUCCGAGCCCAGUCUCUUUGUUUGUUUGUUUGUUUGAAGGUUACUGCAGGCUUGUUGGAAAUGAGACGAGGACCUCUUGCACAGAGCACGGAGGAUCUCAGUUGCCCUUUGCAUAUUUUAAUUCAUUGUGACAGAUGGUAGCAAGUGGGCGUUGCACCUUAAUGUUCGCAACAGAUUUCCGGAUCCUAAAGAAGUUAAUUACUGAACACCAUGUUUUGAAAUGAGAAAGAAAAAAAAUAU